AAAGAAAGCCCGGUUUUUUUUGUUGCACCUAGAAUCUAUUUGUCCAGGACCAGCCCUGACGGCCAGUAAGGCUGAAAGAGACCGGAUCCGGAAGGAAACUAAGAAGUCCAGAACUUGCUUCUUGAGUUACUCCGACGUGGGUGGUUGGUGUUGGGCUGGCUAUCCUCUAACAAGCAAGUCUCUAGCUGGCUCAUUCUCUCCCCUUACCUGGCUCGCCGGAUUUAUGUAUCUACUCUGUGUGUUCUGUGUCUGUGUCUUCUUAAUUUUACAAAAUUGCUUCAUAUCUUCUUCCCCUUGAACUGGAACAAGUAGUUGUUGAAUUGAUUUGGAAUUGAAUUGAAAUAGGAAGUUCCUCCAGUCAAUGAAUAUGAAAGGCACGUAAGGUCUGAGGUAAUUUCUGCAAAGGACAUUGGGGUGACUUUUGAAGAUAUCAGUUCACUGGAUGAGACUAAAGAAUCACUUCAAGAACUGCUACAAAUGUGAAUUAUGCCUGCCGUCUUCCAUCAAUAAAUGAUCGAUCAAAAGUCAUCGAAUUUUGACAAUUAACUGCUUCUGCAAUAAGCAAAAGUGUACAUCCAAUUUGGAAGAGGGAGCUGUGCAGAGUACUGCAAAAGAAGAACAUUGGAGCAGCUAUUUUGUAGUUUUCAAUUACAAAACUCAAUCUUUAUCAUACUGAAAGAACAAAGAUGUGGAAAAAGGUCUUAUGCGCUUAAGAGCUGCGCUUGAGAGCUGCCCAAGGUUUCUGUGUUGUGACCUGUGAUGGCACAUCCACAUUCUUAUUGCUUUCAGCCCAUUAAAAUUGCAGCCCAUUGCAAUCUCUUAUACCCCAGCUCUAGGCAGAUACACAGGCGCCACAUUGUGCUUUCAAGCAUCAACAAGUUAAAUCAAGACCCGAAUCUGCAAACGAAGGUUGGUUCCUUACUAGAUAGCAUCAAAUGGGAUGAUAAAGGUUUAGCGGUGGCAAUAGUUCAAAAUGUUGACACUGGUGCUGUUCUAAUGCAAGGGUUUGCCAAUCGGGAUGCUCUUUUACAAACCCUUUCAUCUCGAAAGGCAACAUUCUGGAGUCGGUCACGGUCCACCUUAUGGACUAAGGGGGAGACCUCUAUGAAUUUCAUAAAUAUUUGUGAUGUUUUUCUUGAUUGUGAUCGUGAUUCUAUUAUAUAUCUCGGGAAGCCCGAUGGACCAACUUGCCACACGGGUUCAGAAACAUGUUAUUACACAUCUUUGUGUGAUGUCUAUAAAAAUGAACAGAUGGAAGAAAAUAAGCUGGCUCUCACAUCCUUAUACUCAUUAGAAUCAACAAUCUACCAAAGGAAAGAUGAACUACCAAGAUCUUCAAAUGAAAAACCUUCAUGGACAAAACGACUAUUGCUUGAUGAUAAAUUGCUUUGCUCAAAAAUCCGGGAGGAGGCAGAUGAGCUAUGCCGCACUUUGGAGGAAAAUGAGGAGAAAGGACGAACUGCAUCAGAGGCGGCAGAUUUGGUUUAUCAUGCCAUGGUUCUACUUGCCAAUAGAGGUGUGAAAAUCGAGGAAGUUCUUCAAGUACUUAGGCUAAGGUUCUCACAGUCAGGAAUUGAAGAAAAGAUCAGUCGACAAUCUAAGGGGACUUGACAUGACUACUACUCACUUUCACUACUUCCUUCUACCACUAUAUAGUUUUUGGAGAAAUAGAUGGAUCUGUAGGGGACACAUCAUCACCUUGAUAUUUGUUAUAUUUGUUAUUAUUAAAUGACGUGGAAAUAAUUAAGAGCAUCAUCAGUCAUGUUUUUACGGUUGUAUCAGAUUCCUCACUUCAUUGAGGAAUCUUCCUCCCUUAGAUUGUGUUAGAUACUUAGAUUCCUCAGUGGAGGAUAAAUAUUUUAUAUUUUUACUUUAGAAAUUGAUGCUUGCUAAAAACUUGUACAGUUGUACUCCAUGAUAAAUUUUCAGUUUCUACCUUAUUUGGGAACUUGGGAGUGCUAUUAUGAUGGGCUCAUGCUUC